GUUUUAGUAGACUCUAAACGGCCGUGGAUGUCGGUACAAUCGCGAGUAAGGACUUACGAAUUGGAUUAAAGGACAUCAGAAAAAUGGAGCAGACUAAGGUGAAGGAGCAGAAUCAAACCGGAGACUCUUCCCACAAGAAGCGCGAUGCCAUCUGGCCAUUGGUCCUCUUAUACAUCCACAUAAAUAUCCUCGGUGUCUAUGGUAUCUACGUGUUGCUGACCAGCGCUUCGUGGGCAACGAUUCUGUUUACCACUCUCCUCACCCUCCUGGGCACCUUGGGUGUGACCGUGGGUGUGCAUCGUUUGUGGGCGCACAGGACCUUCACGGCGUCUAAACCUUUGAGGGUUUUCCUCAUGCUCUGCCAGUCGACAGCCGGUCAGGGUUCCAUCUACAGUGUGGUGCAGGCCCAUAGACUACACCAUGCCAAGUUCCAGCAGGACGAGGAUCCUUUUUACAGCAAGCACAGCUUCAUGUACGCCCAGGUGCGAGGCGGUCUGCUGAAGUACUCGCCCCAGCAGGAAGAACUACUCAAGGAUAUUGAUAUGUCUGAUCUGGAGAAAGAUGGCAUUGUCAUGUUUCAAAAGCGUUUCUAUGUCCUGCUGUACAUUUUCCUGAAUGUAUUGCUGUCGGUUAACACUCCUUUUCAGUACUUUAAUGAGUCCAUAUCCGCCUCCAUGUUCGUGGGCUUCUGGCUGCGGAGCCUUAUUGUGAUCAAUCUGGGCAAUCUGGUACACUCCUCCCACUUCAUCUGGAGCAUUCACAAGGGUUUUAAGCCCGCGGACUCGAACAGCAUCUUUGUGAUCACGAAAACCUAUUGGCCACAAUACCAUUACCUUCUUCCCCGGGAUUACCAGAGCGGCGAGUUUGGGGACUAUGCCACGGGUAUUGGUUCGGCCAUGAUUCGAGUGUUUGCCGCCCUCGAUUGGGCCAAGGAUCUGAAGACCAUUGGAUCCGUGGUGGUGCGUAAAGGACUCACGAAGGCAGUGGAAACGGGUCGACCGAUCGUGGAGUGUAUUGAGGAGGAGGCGCAGCUGGAGGAGAAUGCCCUGCCCACCAAUCAUUUCCUCAAUCGGGAAAAGUUCAUGUGAAUUUGUAGGAAAUGAUUGAAUAUAAAAUGAGGGUUAACUUUAUCCUAUUUUAUAUAAAAAUCAAUUUAAUAAAUAUGUUUUGAGAUGUGUUUUUUUUCUGAUAAUAUUUAGGUAAAAAGUUAACAUUUGUUUAUUUUAUUUUUAUAUUCUUUGAAACUCAGCAUUCAUGAUUUGACCGCCUAACCUGACAUCCUUAAGAACAAUGAAAUUUUUAAUUGUUGGAUACUUUAAUGACUAAAAUUAACUAGCCUGCCUAGA